AACGAAGAAGCCAUAAUGUGAAAUAUUCUGGAGUAACACAAGUUGCUUCAUAAGGUUCCGCGCUUAUAUCUUGCGGACAUAUUUGAGUGUUGCACAUGUUAGAGGAAAAACGGCUUCUUUGUAGGAAGUGUUGUUCUGCCGUCAGUUUUCCCAUGAAAUCCAAAAGACCGGAUUGAGGAGAGACAAGCUUACGAGAAGCGGAGUGUGAGUUUCCAUCAUGGCUGGACCUGUCAGUUUGGAGUUGGAUCCCAUUUUUCUAAAGGCACUGAGUUAUUUACACUCCAAAAGUAAAGACUCAGCUGAGAAACUGAAAGCUCUCCUUGAUGAAUCCCUUGCAAGAGGAAGUGACUCAUCAUACCGUUCAUUACAAAAAGACAUAGAGGUAUCAAAGGGGACUGUGCCAAAACUGACUUUAAGUAAGCAAGACUCCAAGUCUUCAAGUUCUUCAUCUUCAAGUAGCAGCAGUGGGAGUAGUAAACCUGAGAAGAGCAAGAAAGACAGUGAGAAGAGACCAUCUGAGAAGAUCAGGGUUGACUUGGGUGAGGUGGACCCCCCGAAAAAGCCUCGUUUGGAGAAACAGGAGAAUCGCUCUUCUCCGAUCACUGUGCAGACGAGCAAAGACCUGCUGCCAAACAUAAAUGAUGAUGAGACCAGUGCCGAUGACUUCGCCAUGGAAAUGGGCCUGGCUUGUGUGGUUUGCAGACAAAUGACCGUGACCAUGGGGAACCAGUUGGUCGAGUGCCAAGAAUGCCAUAACCUGUACCACCAGGACUGCCACAAGCCCCAGGUGACCGACAAAGAAGUCAAUGACCCACGGCUUGUGUGGUACUGCGCCCGAUGUACCAGACAAAUGAAGCGUAUGGCCCAGAAACCUCCACAGAAGCCGUCCCCUGCGUCUGCAUCUUCAGCACCUGUUGUAAAAGACACACUAGUGAAAAAGACGGAGCUUAAACCCAAAACUGACACAGCCAGCACCUUCCAAGCAUUCAAAAGAACAGAAGUGAAGCCACCAGCCACUUCAGCCAAUCCCACCAGCAGCAGCUCCUCCUCCUCGGGCAGCGGUCUUACCGGCUGGGCUGCAUUUGGCGCCAAAACGAGCCCAUCUCUUCCUGCUAGCUCCAAACUAGGUUCCUCAGGCCCAAGUGGGAGCAGCAAGACCUUGACAACUCCUUCUGGACAAAAGCCUGUUGGGUUAUCUGGGCUAGCUGGAGGAAAGUCGGGGCUUGGGAGUGCAAAGAUAUCUGGGAACGGCAAUGGAAACGGCUCCAGUCAGGCAAACCUGAAACCGCCUCCACCUCUGACUCUGGGUAAGCAGCCGUUGAAUAGGUCAUCGAGCGGUGAAGGCCAAAGCAAAGCCAGCUCUUCAUCAGGAGCCGGCUCUCCUAACAGCUCCCAGACUGGAGGCAAUGGAGGCAGUAACGGAGGAGUUAAUGGAAACAAUGGGAAUGGGUCAAAGGCCGCACCUGGGGACAAACUACCUACAACCCAAGAGUCCCAGCUUAACGCCAUGAAGCGGUUACAAAUGGUGAAGAAGAAAGCAGCGCAGAAGAAACUGAAGAAGUGAGUGAGGACUGAGUGAAAGGAGGAAGAGUUGUGAGGAAAGGGGAAAAUAAAUGUUCAAAGAGGGCCGAUUGAGUGCCAGAGCAUUACCUUUCUAUUUCAAGAGCAGUUGUACAUCAAGUAACACCAUUGAGUUAAAUACUUGAAUUUCACUUUGUGUAAAUGCUGCUAGACUCGUGUGCCUCGUCCUGUCCUUACAAAUCUAACCAGUGAAAAAAGUGUCAUGUCACUUUUUAUCAAUUAGUGUCAUUAAAUAUCCCGUUCUUACAUA